AUGGAUUAUGUACCACUUCCAUCAGAACCAACUGAAAGUCUGCAAAUCCAGCAACCGGUGACUGUUUCAGCGCAAGGCACGUCCGCAAGUUCCUCGUUAGUGUCUCCGUCCAUUACUGCUUCACCUUAUGAUUUCCUUAUUCCCUCGAUUACUACCCCUGCCGGCUACGGUUCUCCACCAUCUAUUGAAUUUGGUACCACACAGUUCUCCUCUGCUUCAUAUUGCUAUUCCCAGUAUUCUAAUUUGCAUUCUCAGUCUUUGUGGCCUUCUGUCGGCAAUUUCCAGCCUUUCGGCAAUCAGACGGCUGUUUUAUCAUAUCAUCAAAUUCAACAGCAACAGUUUUUUUAUCAGCCUCAACACCUUGGGCAUUGUUCAGGAAUGGGUAUGGAUAAAUUUGUAUUUGUCGACAAAUUGAUUGUGUGGGCUGGUAGUGCUCUUUCGAGAAAAAAUUUUGUUGAUUCAUUCUAUGGAGGUAUUUCAAGUCCAUCGGGCACCACAUUUGGCUCAUCCUGUGGUGCUUUUGAUUCAUUUAGUGGUAUUGGCAGCACAGGAAUCACACCACAACAAAAUACCAGUUACGCUGGUGUUAUGAAUUUACCACAGCAGUUACCUUUUUUAAAUAUUAUUGGUGAGCAGCAGCCACUUACCAGAGAAGUAAUGCAAGAUUAUCUGAAUAAUCGUCAAAAAUAUGAUUGUAUUGUUAGUAUAUUUCAUGCUAAAGUGGCGCAGAAAUCUUACGGAAAUGAAAAAAGAUUUUUCUGUCCUCCACCAUGCAUUUAUCUUUUCGGAGAUGGAUGGAAGCACAAAAAGAAGAUGGCGGAAGAUUUAUAUAGACGAUAUCGUGAAUACCAGAAGCGAAACGAUAUUCAGGAAACGGAUUCAGAUGCAGAACAUAUUAGUGAAGCUCGGUCUACUGAGUUAUGUGCGUUUAUCGGAAUUGGAGCUCCAUCUGAGCAGGAAAAACAAACACUUGAUUUCUCUAGCAACAAGGAUUAUUGUGCAGCAAAGACAUUAUAUAUUUCGGAUGCCGACAAGCGCAAAUAUUUUGAGCUAUCGGUGCAGUUCUUCUACGGGUCUGGACAUGAAAUUGGGAUUUUUUCUUCUCAACGAAUUAAAGUUAUAAGUAAACCAAGCAAAAAGAAACAAAGCAUGAAGAAUACCGAUUGCAAAUACCUUUGUAUCGCCUCUGGUACCAAAGUUGCCUUAUUCAACAGGCUUAGGUCGCAGACAGUCAGUACUCGUUACUUACAUGUUGAAGGAGGAGGGUUCCAUGCGAGUUCGACAAAGUGGGGUGCUUUUACAAUCCAUCUGAUCGAGGAUGACCCUAAUGCAGGUGAAUCUGAGGAUUUUAAUGUCAAAGAUGGCUUCAUUUACUAUGGUGCUUUAGUGAAACUCGUUGACAGCGUAUCAGGAAUUGCUUUGCCUCGUUUGAGAAUUCGUAAAGUCGAUAAACAACAUGUUGUACUGGAUGCAUCUGCAAGCGAAGAACCAGUUAGUCAGCUACACAAAUGUGCAUUUCAAAUGGUUGAUUCUGAUACAAUUUACCUUUGUCUUUCACAUGAUAAGAUUAUCCAGCAUCAGGCUGUACCCGUCGAUGCAAAUCGACAUCAAAUUAGCGAUGGUGCAUCGUGGACUAUUAUUUCUACAGAUAAGGCCGAAUAUCGAUUUUAUGAGGCCAUGGGACCAGUACGUCAGCCAAUAACUCCAGUACCUGUUGUCAGCGGUAUGGAGCUGUAUGGCGAUGGUGAUCUUGCCCGAGUCGAUCUCAUUGGUUCAAACUUCAGGACAAAUCUCAAGAUUUGGUUUGGUACUAUACCGGUGGAUACCAUCUUCAGAUCAGAAGAAAUGAUGGGUUGUUUGGUACCUCCGUUGUCGGCGGUUUGUCCGAAUUGGGCACCGUAUUGUGGCGAACCUGCUGCAGUUCCCCUAUCGUUGGUUCGAGAUGAUGGUGUCAUUUAUUCCACAAACAUGACAUUUAGCUACAAAAGUGAAACGGCUGCGCGGUCGAUGGUGAAUCGACGGUAUUUAGAAAAUAUGACGUCAUAA